AUGGCUGAAAACGAGAAUCAUAAUACGAAACUUAAUUCAACUCGACAAUCUCAUUCACAAACAGCUUCAUUACUUCAUAUACCAAGAAAAUCUUUUUCAUCACCCAAUAGUCCAAUUAAUAAAAGAAAUUCAAAUGAAAAUAGAUCUCGUAGUCGUCAAUUAUGGAAUAUAGCUAUUGAUAGUGUACUUGAACAUGAAAAAUUUACACCAACAUCAACAUCAACGACUGCAACAACAACUAAUAAUGCACCAAUUGGAUGGUAUAAUUUAACAAAGCGGCUAAGCUCAAUAUGCUUUCGAUUAAUAUAA